GGAAACAAGAUCAAAGAUCGUGAGCUUCAAGAAACUUUCGGAUCGGUUUAAUCGAGGUCAAACAUGCCUCUGGUCACCGAUGUUGUUUUCAGUACAUAUAUUUGGACGAUGACAUCAUUAUCGUGUGCGGAGGAGAUCCUGCUGGACAUUUCUGCUUUGAGGUUUCUCUAGGAUCUCGGGAUCUCAAAGUUACAACAGCUUCUGCUGGUAAAACUUUCCAGGAUCCUUCAUACUGAUGGGUUGGUGCUACUGGAGCUCGUUUUUAUUAGACACGUCCAGAAGGUGGUAAGUAGAAGGUUAUGCUGUAGAUCUUUUAGAAGCUCUUUGGACUGGAAGGAUCUUUGGACAACAGUAUUUUCUUCUGGAGAUCAUUUUGAAGGCUGAAUUUUAGAAUUGUACAGAGACUAAAUUAGCGUAAGUAAAGUCACCCAGGAUCUUCUACGAUGGCCGAUUCUUCUCCAUCGCCGUUCUCUGUUUGGUUCUCUCAGCUCUCUGACACCAUCAGAGACUCCUUCCUUAGUCUCGGUCCCAAACCUGACUCUGGCCCCGAGCCUGAGGUCACAGACGUGAGCGACUCUGAGGUGGACGUCUCAUCUAUGAGUUCUGAGGAGGACAAGCUUCAGUUCCUGCAAGCCCAGCUGGCUUCCAGAGGUCUAAUAGAGCUGUCACAUGAUCGCUUGACCCCUAUUAAUGAGGAAAUGGAGGAGGUGGAGAGCAGGAGAAGCGCCAUGUCGUCACGUCCACCCAGUGCUGGUGCGAACUCAGUCUCUGUGGAGUUAAGAGCUUCUUCAGCAGUGAACAGUUAUGGGGAUGAUGGUGAGAUCUCCAGUUCCUCCGACAGCGAGGAUGAGAUCGUGAGACGGUUCGAGAUCUCAGUCUCGCGUUCUCAGAGUUUUCGCUCUGGGAUCUCAGAGGUCACGACCCAGAGUGCAAUGGGGCGACAGCAGAAGUUUGAACGACUACUUCCUGAGCAGGAGGAGAAGGAGGAGGAGGAGGAGGUCUGCACCGAACCGUCAGAUUGUGAAGAUGGAGUUAGCAGGAGAAGUUUCCAGGACCCGCUGUCUGAACAGAGAGAUCCUCUGACUGAGUCAUUGUACCAGACAGACCUCUGCAUUUCGGAGACUCCGUCUGUGAGAGGACGCGUGUCCUCUGUGGGCUCUCAGGGAUCUGAGAUGCUGUCCCGGGGUCAGAGGAGCCGUCAGGGGAGCUCAGGACGCCGGACUCCUCUCUCACACAGGGAGACGGACAUGGCAAUGGAUAAUCCGGGGUACGAUUACAACGAGGCUACAGACAGCUCGUCUACAUGGAGCCCUGAGCAUGAACGUGCAGCGAGUGUUAUCUCAGAGCCCCGCCCCUCCGUCUCAUCACCCCGCCCACCGAUCUCCAAAUGCGGUGACCUUGUGGUCGUCCUCAAUUACCGUCCCGAAUCCUACAAGCUCCUGGUCACCGUGGUGAUGGCGCAGGACAUCCCGGAUAAAGCUCGGAGUGGCAUGGACGCGUGGCAGGUGCGUGUGGUGCUGCUCCCGGGUAAACGCCAGCGCUACAAGACGGCCGUGCAGAGGGGAUCGUCGCCACGGUUCGGAGAGACGUUUCGUUUCACGAGACUCGAGGCGCCGGAGCUGAACACAUCGGCGCUGCGUUUCCGUCUGUACGCUCUGGGCAAGAUGAACCGGGAGAGAAUGAUGGGAGAAACCAUCUACACACUUAACAAACUGAACACCGAGAGACUCGAGGUCACGCUCGUACUGGAACCUCGCAGCAACCUGAAGGCUUUAGACUCAGAGCUGUGUGUGAGCGCUGCUCCUGAUGGCGUCUCCUCCAACCAGUCUCUCUCUCACGGUGGAGUUCCUGAGCUGCUGCUUGGUCUGUCCUACAACCCCACCACCGGGCGCCUCUCUGUCGAGGUCAUCAAAGGGAGCCACUUCCGCAACCUGGCGCUCAACCGACCACCGGAUACCUACGUGAAGCUGACUCUGCUCAACUCCACGGGGCAGGAGAUCUCUCGGUGUAAGACGUCGGUGCGGCGCGGACAUCCCAACCCCGUGUUCAAGGAGACGUUCGUCUUCCAGGUGGCGCUGUUCCAGCUCUCCGAAGUCACGCUCAUGGCGGCCGUGUACAACCGACGCAACAUGAAGCGCAAGGAGAUGAUCGGAUGGCUGGCGCUGGGCCAGAACAGCAGCGGCGAGGAGGAGUCGCUUCACUGGCAGGACAUGAAGGAGAGCAGCAACCAGCAGGUGUGCAGGUGGCACGCUCUCCUCGAGGCAUAGACGGACAGACGGAGGAGGCUGACAGGAACCCAACAGCGUCAACAGCGUCGGGCUUUAGCAAGAGUUACAUUCACACGGGGGGAACGGAUCGAAACGACUCUCAAAAGUUGAUCCUUUCAUUAUUAUUAAUAUAAUUCGAAGUAAAUCCUCUUCCCUAUUGUUCUGUUUACACAGUUUGCUCAUGUGUCAUGGCUUCUGCCAUCGUCAUUCCUCAUACUUAAUGAGUACUUCAGCUCAGCUCUUAGCUCUCAGCUACUUGGCCUAGAAAUGGCUUUGGUUUGUGUUUAACAGAUGUUUUUUUUUUGUUGAGCUGGCUUUCCGAGAAGAUGUGACUGAUUGUGGGUUUUCCAUCAAGUCUUUCUGUGAUGAAUAAUCUGAAGUGGAGGAAGAAGAAGAAGAGUAAGACGACGACAUCAUUAGAAGACCGAGAGCCAAAUACACACAUGGGGAUGGAAAGACUGCACCACACACACACAUGCACAAAAUCUCUUCAGUGAUGGCUUUCUGCAAAGUGUAGGCAUAUUUACACAGAUAUGAUAUAAGAUUAGAUUAUUAAACCUCUUGCGAUUUGAACUGAAACACUGAAUUUCUUUCCAGCGAGAGGUAGAUGAGUAUUUUUACUGAAGCGUAAUACCUUCCGAUGUUAUUCCCAUCAGUCCGUUCUUCUCGAACCCUCCUCACGAAGCCCUGAGUGCCCGAGGUCACGUAUGGUCUUGACGAGGUCGCUUACCUAGCAACCCUUAGCAACCACAUUCACAUGCUACACAAUGAAAUAAUAAUUAUACAUCAGUAGCAUCACCUGUUGCCCUGUAGACUUCAGCCUAAUACAUUACAAGCGCGGUUGUGUCGAUUGUUGGAUUUCUGGUGAAGAUUUGAUCCUCGCUUGAAAUUCUGCUGAAAUAUGCAAGCGAUGUUUCGACACAGCAUGACAUAUGGAUACGCCAAGGUCUCUCUCUCUCUCUCUCUGCAUCAAUCACAAAUACUGAACUUUUAGGACGACAGGAGACGGAAAGAGGAAGUGUUACGGAAGCGCAUGCAGUAAUACAACAUCAGUGAUUGCGUCUUUGUGCCUCUCCAGCUGUCCUUUACUCCCAGUCGGCUUUUACAGAUCCAUCUUAUCACAUCUCCAGGAAGUGACAUCACAACGCAGCUCAAUUCGGAGAUCUCUCUCUCUCUCUCUCUCUCUCUCUCUCUCUCUCUCUCUCUCUCUCUCUCUCGUUAUAGCUGCUCGAACACUUAUCGCCGUCUCCCGAUUGCAUGAAUGGAAGCUUAAUUAUCGGCUUCAGACGAACUCGCUCCAGCUCGACAGCCGCGGCUGCUGUUGCUGGGCGCGCAGGGGAAAAAAAUCUGCAUGACGGUAGACAUGUGGUGAUGAUUUGACAAAACUGCUUAGCCAAGAAGUUAAUAAGUAAGAUCAUUAUAUUUCAGGAACCAGCGCGUAACCGUAUUAAGUUAAAGAGCAUGAGACAAAAGUUCUUUCAUAAAAAUUAAAAUAAAUGAUUCGUGUUUGAAAAUCUUCACGGUGGGAAAAUAAAUCACUUCUGGAUGUGACAUUCUAAGAAAAAUAAUCAACCCCUUGUCCCUUAUAUACUGUACCGGCAUGUUAAAGUUGUCAUGGACGCCUUGAUGUUACAGUAUGAAAACUAGCCUCGUUUUUGUGUAUAAGCUUCACCACAAAAGUCACAAGUGUUUACAUGUUUUUACAUCAUGACCCUUUCGCACUUCCCGUCUUUCUGCCGGCUGUCCUGCAUGUCUGGAAUCUACAGAGGAGCUGAAAUGUUCCCCAACGCAUGUCUUGUGCUCUACAUGAAUAUGACGUGCCUGUGUUUGUUUUGGUUUAUGGAGCAGAAGCAGGUUUCAUGUUAGAUGACUGUGUGUUAUACGCCUGCAUGCAGUGUUUGAAUGGAUUUAACCGUUAAUACGUCGGUUCUACACUGUUACUGUAUAUAGAUGCAUGCGUGUGUGUGUGUGUGUGUGUGUGUGUGUGUGUGUGUGUGUGUGUGUGUGUGUGUGUGUGUGUGU